CCCCCGCUGGGACAGCCCCGAGCCGCGGGGCACGGCCGGGGGGCGGCGGGGGCGAACCCCCCGGUGCCGCCUGCAGAGUCCCAGGGCCCUCGAGCAUUUCUCCAAAGGGCCGGCUCAGCGGCAGGGUGGAGAACGCCACAAAGUUUUCGUGGUUUAGAGGGACUUUUAAACAGGUGCCGAAGUCUGGCUGAGCCGAGAGGUGCCGGCUCUUUGCCGGGAGGCUGUGUGUGUGUGGAGGUAGCGGACCGAGCCCUAAUCGCUCAAAAGCACUGCCGUAAGCCCAGCUGUUGUAUCUCGUCACCAGGGCUAAUCCAUACCCCAGUGUGGGUUUAAGCCUGCUGUGCCAUUUAGAGGGCUUGACUUCAAGCCACGUCCUCCUCCUGGUACCCUCUCCGCUCGCCCUGGGUCCGUCUGUCCGCGGGAGCAGCGGGAGCGCUGGUGCCAAAGCAAAGACACACGGAGCAUUAUGUCAUUGGCAUCCUGGUUCAGGUGGAAUGAGCCCCCAAACCGCAUUUCCCAGAGGAACCCCACAGAAAUGGUGGUUGAAACGCUCAUGAUGGAGCUGAACUGGCAGAUCAAGCAGGCAGAGAAGCAGCAGCGGGAGCGGGAGAACGAAUACCGCAAGAUGAAGACGGGCGUGGACUACGGCUGGCUGGUCAGCUACCCAAAGCAGGGCUACGACAUCAGCCCCGGGGAACGGCUGCAGCUGGAGGACAUGUGCACCAAAAUACAUCCUUCCUACUGUGGGCCUGUCAUACUCAGGUUCAGGCAAGUGGUUGCGGAGUACGAACCAGAAGCGCAGGAAGUAUCCCGGCUCUUCCGCUCUGUCCUGCAGGAAGCUGCUGAGAAGAUCAAAGAGGAGGAAGAGGCCAAGAAGCUUGCAAGGCAAUGGAACACAAAGAACAGAACCAGCCUCUCCUUAACAACAUUUAAAUCUCGGUCCAGGAUUUCUCCAUUCAUCAGUGACAUCAAGACCAUCUCUGAGGAUGUGGAACGGGGCACUCAGCCCAACAGGAGGAUUUGGAGCAUGCCAGAAUUUCGGAACACCAAGGAUUUCUAACUCUAUGCUGAAUAAGGUUUUUAGAUACUGAUCUUUCAAAAGCCCAGUUAACCCUUUUUUAAUUCUACUGUUUUUUCUUUUUUCCAUCUCUCUUUUCCUGCCUGUGUCUGUCUUGGAAGCUGUGUCCGUAGUAACCGCUGCUGAUGCCUGCAGUCUGUGACACCAUUUAUUACCAAACAUGGUAGCCUUUCCUUUAACUCAGUAGCUAUUCAGGAACCUUAAGGACAAGGCUCAUUUACUAUCUCAUUUUUAUUACUGCGUUCUUGUGGAAAAUCAAUUAGUUUUGCUUUGUCUGUCUUCUCCCUCUCCCCUCCAGCCUGGAUGUAGUUAUCUGUAAAAACUUUUGGCUCAAGCUACUGAGAGCUGCUGGCUUCACCAAUCUUGCUGAAAGCAAGACAGCCACUUAAAUGAGUGAGGCUUGCAGGAUCAGGCUUGUGAGCUAAAGCUACUAUCUGAUUUGGAACUGAACUUCCAUUUCCCACUAAUAGCCUUCCUCAGUGCUACAACAAACUUCACAGGUAACCUCAGCACUGCUCUUGAUCCGCUUUUUUGCUGACAGUUCACAAUCCAACCCAAGUAGAAACAGACCCAAGCUUUUUGAGAUUAAAGACCAAUCAUGUUUCAUAACCACCAGUUUAUGCAUGUUCAAGUUUCUUGGGUACUUUCUCUUUUAUGCAGGCAGAACCCCCAGAACUUUGCACCUGCAGAGUAGAUAGAAAUUUAUCAACCUGCUGUGUAGAUACACAGGUGGAUGUGUCAAGGUCUCUUCUGAGACCUUGAAGAGACAGGAAAAUGCCACUAAGGAAACACUGCUAAGGUCCUAACUCAGCAUCAGAGGGAGAGCUCUCACCAGCAAAGGGAACAGCAGGGCACUCUGUGAAAGUCAAGUGUCCUGCAGAGAACCCAAGGGCUAGGAUGCUUUGUGGUAACCUACAGGAGACGGGGAACAGAGAGAGGGAUUUGCUUGGAUGACCAGCUUUUGGGGAAUCAUCUCAGUGGGUUAUAGUCUCCUGGAAGACCCUGUAGCUUUGUUGUUCUUUUGUCCGUUUCCAGCUAUUUUUCCCUGAGGAUCUUUGCAACAGCAUGUGGGUUCUACAGCCAAGAUUCAAACCCUUUGAAGCUGUGCCAACUCUGGGAAGAAUUCCAGUACAUGAAAUCUAUCCUAGACUAGAAAUGUGCAGCUUCUUCCAGAGAUGGAGGAAGGCAGCAUAAAACAAAGAUCAAGAUCAACCCCCUAAGCGCUCUCUGAGACUGGGAUUCUGACUCUUCCACUCUCCCCUCUGGGCUAUGUAAGAUUGAAGGCAAGGCUUCCUUAGUAGCACAGGCUGCAGUUUCUAUCCUUUGAUAACAUUGCUGCCAGCAACCCUCCUAGGGACAGAAAGCAGCUCACUUUUAAUCAAAAAGUCAGGGAUUCCAAAUACAGCAUCCAGUUUGGGACAGGCUAUUCCAAGUUUAGGUCAGUGAGGGAGAGUUUAAAGCCUUCUGACAAUCAGCUUAGUGUUUUUCAGCCAUAUGUCCUUGUGAAGUAAUGUGAUUGUGUGUAUGAAGUAAAAAUCAAGGCUAGACAUACUUAGCAUAACCUUAGCUGUCUAGAAGAUGUAGGAUCUCUAGCAAGGGGUCACCACAAUUAGCAGAAAUAAUUCUUGUUUGGAAAAGAGUCAGCCAUGGUUUUUUUUAUAUAGUUCAAGCCACUGUACGGUACUGAAGACUGAGAUGAGUUCAUGAAUUUCAUGCUGCAGCUCUGUAUUCAUUUUAUUUGCACUUAUGUUCUGUUUGACACCUUCAGUAUUGACCGCAUUGAUGUGAUGUUUGAUGGACUGCUGGGAGACACAGGAUCUUCUGACACACUGCCACAAAGCUCUUUGUUACAGCACAGUGUCAGUAGCAUGCUCACUCUUUCUUAAGGAGAAUCAGCAGUAAGUACCUUCCCUGCAGCAAUGUACUAAGCCAGGGAAAUCACUGAUGGGUGUUCACAGUAUCACAGUAAUCUGUGAUUGUGCUGUGUCCUUCAUUAACAACUUCCAGCUGGCAGACACCACUCUCAUGCAGCCAAGGAGACAGAUCUGACUUUUGGUCAAAGCCCUGCAUGUUAUGGAGGCCAGCCUGUGGCAGUGCUUGUGACAGCUGUUUUGCCUCAACUUACCUAUCAUUUAUAAUUCCACAAUAAAACAUAAUCCCAACUCUUGAACUGUAUCACUCUCCCAGUACCACUUCUGGAAGUUACACUGGGCUCACAGCAGGAUCUGAUGGUAGAGGGAUAUUCAGAUACCAAGCUAAGAGCAAUCUAUUCUUACUCCAUGCUAUCUAGUACUCUUACAGGGGUAGAAGUAGUGCCCUGCUUACCUGCAGCCAGCUGCUUGGAGACUGACUGUGAGCUCCUGCAUUGUGCAUGCAGCAGCAGGUACAGAAGCAGAGCCGGGAGGUGAUCAGGGUGCACGACUGCUGCACUGCUUCUGGUGCUCAUUUUUCUUAGAAAUGCUGUACACUGAACCUUAAAUGAUCCUUUGGUCUCAGCAUGCAGCAACAACUAUGCACUCAUGUUUGCCUUGUCGUAAUUCUACAUUUGGCAUGGCUAAGUUAGUGUCAGUUCAAAUGAGGAGCAUGAAACUCCUGACUGUCCCUACCUACUGUGCUGUGGUCCAUGGCACUGGGCACACAGAGCAGGCUAACCAGAUUGUUUCUGGCUAAAGCCAACCCAAAUGAUCCACUGCAGGUGGCUCAUAAACCAUAAAUCUGGACUAAUGGUGGUCUGAAACAAACUCUCAUAAAACUUGCGUAGUGUGAAGAUCAGGUCCUCAUUGAUAACUGUCUGACUCCACAGCUCUGCUCCUCCUGGGCUGCUGUGUAGAAAAACACUACUUUCUACUUGCUAGUGUAGAAAAACAAAAAAAUUUUGAUGAGACCCUUUCGUCUGUUUUUAGCACCUCCUGACAGCUCAUCCUGUGUGUUAAUUCUUUAAGGAGAAUGAAACAUUAAUUAUCAGCACAUAAUCACUAAUAAGCAGAAAUGAACCAACAAUAAUAAUUCUAAAUCCUCAAACAUUCUUUCAGAACUGAGUAAGGCUUUUGGUAUCAGAUCAGAGCAUCACUGUUGCCCCGCUGCUGACAGUGUUGUGCUCUCCAAAGGACAUUGUCACACCCAGGAAAAAGCAGUCCUAGACUUGCUAUACCUGCUAAUAAUAAUGGUAGCAGCUCGGCCACACUGCUCAGAUUCCAGGGGCAGGCACUGCUUACAGCCACUACUCUCCUGAGGGAGGCUGUGCAGCCAUGCUCCUGUGGCUUCUAGAGAUGAGCCUGGCCACAGGCUGUGCCAGCCAGAAAGGAUGUGCAGGCAGGAGCUGAGGUUCCUCACCCACAGCAGCACAGAGUUCAGGCAGCUGUCAUGCCAUGGGGAACUGGAGUAAGCUCUGAAAGAAAUACCUGAUUGCUGACACUGCACUGUUUAUACAUUUCAACACGGAACCUUGGAGAAUUAAAGCAAAGCUGUGCAAUAUAAACCAA